AUGCUAAUUCAUUCAUUAAUCAUUUAUACUUUAAACAUCAUCUCCACCAUUCUUGUUUCUGGCAAAUUUAUACCUCAACAAAGAUAUUUACAAACUAGUGUUCUUGAUGAUGAUAAAUUUAGGUGGAUUACAUUUAAAGAAAGAGUUCAGCCAGCUCAAUUUAACAAUCAAAUUUAUAUCUUUGAUACUCUAAACUACGAGUGGGUAACAAAUACGAGUAGGACUUCAAAUAAUAUAACCAAUGCGACUUCUAAUCAAGAUCAAAGCAAUGAAAAAACGAAUAUGCCUUCAAAUCUACGCAUUUCUGUUGUUGGAAUAGUUUGCAUAGUAAUUGGCUUACUCAUUAUUUUUACGAUUGUUGGAGUUUUAAUUUAUAGAAAAUAUAAAAACUAUAUUAUGGAAGAAAAAAUGACUGAAUCAUUUCAUGAACUUCUUGCUACUUAA